AUGGCGCGACGGAAGACUGGUCAGCAGGUGCUGCGGCGGAUCGUGCUGCUGCCACUCAUCAUUCUCCUUGGCCCAGCUUUCCUCGCCGCCCGAGCGCCGGGUGGAAGUGGCCGCGCCGAAGUCUACCUCGCGCGCCGAGAGGUCUUGCUGACGCUGCCGCUGGUGGAGGCGGCCUUACGGUCGGACGCGGCGGCGGCGGAGAGCCUCACUGGGAAGAAGGUGGUGGUCUUAGGCGGCUCGGGCUUUGUCGGGCGGCGGAUCUGUGAAGGCUUGCUACAAGAAGGUGCCACAGUAGUGAGCGUCUCGCGCUCCGGGAGACCUGCAGUGUCCGAGGACUGGGUGGGCCAAGUGAAAUGGGAAAAGGGCGACCUCCUCAGCAGCAACUUGGCACCCUUCAUGGAGGGUGCAGAGGCAGUGAUUUCCGCCGUGGGCGCCAUCGGCUCGGGCGACGACGAGCGUUUGAACGGCCAGAGCAACGAACGCGCCGCGGCGGCGGCGAAGGCCGCCAAGGCCAAGCGGUUUGUGUUGGUUUCGGCUUCGAAGGAUGUGGCUGAAGCUGGGGUCGACGCCCUCUUUGGGCCCUACAUCCAGGGCAAGCGUCGCGCCGAAGCAGCGACCGAGCAGUUCGACGAGAAGCUGAUCCUGUGGCAGCCCAGCUUCAUCUACGGCGGAGAGGAGUUCAGUGCUACGCCGCCUCGAGUGGCUGGCUGGUAUGGUGAGAAGGUGGAGUCCCUCCUCUCCACCGACCUCUUCCGCGCCGCUGCCGGCGCCUCCCCCGCCGCCUUGCGCCUGGCCCUGUCUCCCCCGUUGGACGUGAAGGACGUGGCCGGCGCCGCCGUGGCGGGCGCCGCCGGGCGCGCGCGAGGGACGCUGGGCAAUCACGAUGCCAUCCUGGCAGCUGUGCCACGUCCUGGCUCCAGCGACGUGCUGCCCAACGAGAACGUGAGCUGGGGUUGGUCCAGUGCGCCUGAAGAUCUAGGUGAAGUCCCGCUGGGCUCCUGUUUCCAGGAUACCGGAGGCUCCUGCUCCUUCUUCUCCUGCGACAGCUCUCGUGGCGAGGUCUCUUGCGAGAGCCGCCGGUGCAAGUGCAAAGCGGGUUACUGCAACCACCGGGGCGCCUGCGUCUCCCAGCAUCAAAACGACAGGUGCGUCCGGCAAACGGACCACACCUGCCGGGUCUUUGCUUGCUCCAGCAUCUACGGCAACACCACCUGUGAGUCUGGCCAUUGUAUGUGUGCUCCAGGCCACUGCCAGGUGGACGGCUUUUGCUACAAAGACCGGGGGCGUCCUUGGCGCGCCAAGGUAGUGUCUAUUACGCAGGAGUUCCCGCGCUUCCCACAGCACGUCACACGUGCUUUGGCCUUUAGUGGCGGUGGCGGCCGUGCUUUUGCCUUCACACUGGGCGUCCUGAGAGCGUUGGAAGAGUUGCAGCUGAUGAGGCGAGUGGACGCCAUUAGCUCGGUCUCCGGUGGCUCCUGGGCCACGUCGGUCUAUAUGUUUUCCACUCUGAAGGUGAGUUACUUGCUGGGCCAAGCCACACAGCCCGAAGAGCUCACCAUGGACUUCUUAGAGAAGACCAACUCGGCUCUGGGCACGGUGGGCGCCGUGGGCACCUCAGCCAUUGCAGGAAAGUUGAUCAGUGACGGCAUCGAGUUCCAGGAAUUGUGGGUCAAUACGAUCUCGAAGGCCAUCCUGGAACCCUUUGGCCUACAUGACCUGGACAGCUACAUGGCCUCCGACCAUUGGGCCGUGGAAGACAUCAGGCGCCGGAACCCCGAGCUCCGCGCCGCGCGCUUCCUGACGCCCGCGCCGGGGAGGCCCAGGGUCUUUGUGAUGUCCGGCGCCAUUUUGGGACCCACAGGCUACAAGGCCACCAAGGAGAAUGUGGUGUCCUUGCAGAUGUCUCCUGACUUCAUCGGCUCCCCCUUCUAUCCCAACGACGCGCCCGUGAGCUAUGAGUCUCAAGACCGUCGUUGGAACCCGAAGCGAAAGGGUUUGGUGGGAGGUGGCUUCGUCGAGAGCUUCGCCUUUGGCGGUUCGCCGCCCCAGGAGGUGGCUGAUGGGUGGAUCUCCACUGAAGCGCCUUUGCAGCCCUUCUCCCUGGCCAAGGCGGUGGGAGUGAGCAGCGCUGGCGUCUCCGCAGCGUCGACUCAGGGGCCUCUACAUGGCGUCAUCAACUUAGCCAAGUUGAGCCCCAGGUCUGACUACUGGGCCAUUCCGUCACCAAAGUUCGAGCGGCCCAAGGGUGCCAGCACCUACCUCCUUGGAGAUGGUGGCAACAUCGACAACAGCGGACUGCUAGCCAUGCUGCAGCGGCGAGCGAGCAAGGUGGUUUUAGUGGUCAGUACUGGUCAUGCUCUUCCGGAUGACGUUGAUUUUUGCAAACCGAUCCUCCAAACCGAUCGACGCCUGGUCCCCACAGGUGCAUUGGGCCAGCAGGAGCUCAGUAGUGAUGUGGCUGAGCGCCUGGAGAAUCAACUGAGGGCGAACUUUGGCUAUUGGGAGAAGGACGAUAUUGGGGAGUUUUUGACUCAAAACCACGUCUUCCGGAAGAAGGACUUGGCGCCGUUGCUGUGUCAGCUGCAAUCCCUGAAGAAGCGUGGACAGCCCACGGUGGCCCAACGCCGCUUGCAGGUGCUGCCGAACCGUUGGUGGGGCAUUCGUGGUGGCUUCAGCGUGGAUUUGCUGAUGGUGUACCUGGACAAGUGUCAGAACUUCGAAAGCAGGCUGCCGAAGGAUACCGCUGACAACCUCCAGUCGUACUUUCAUGCAGAGUUUGCUCGCUUCCCUCACUACCGGGUGGUUUUCCAGAAUGCUGGCUCCGGGACGGCCCUGACGCAUCCGCAGAUCAACUUGCUGGCGGCCAUGGGGGAAUUCUUCGUCCGCGAGAAUGCCGAGCUUUUCCGCCGCCUGCUUCAGUGA